CCUGUGCACUUGCUCCAAAUAGCUCCUGGUUUGGGUUGAGGCAGCACAGAUAGCAUUUGCAUUUCUCCAGGGGCAUAUGCACCAUUCUCAGUGCCAAUCCAAAGCUCCUGAAAACAGAUCGGGGCUUGUGGGCAUCUCCUGUGGACCGACCCUGUGAGAGAAGGGCUUCCCCCUAUCAUUGAUGAAGAGAGACUUUAGAAUUGGGGGUGUCUGAUGGUGGGGAGGAUGGUGUUGACAUUCUGCACGAACACCGGGGUGUGACAGUUCUUCAAGUAUUCCAUGGUGCUCUCCUCUGUGAUCUUUGCUGUGCAGCUCCCGUUUAAUCCUUUCUGCUGACUGUCAUCGGAACAUGGGGGAGAAUGAAGAUGAGAAGCAGAGCCAGGCCGGCCAGAUUUUUGAGAACUUUGUCCAAGCAGCCACCUGUAAAGGCACCCUGCAGGCCUUCAACAUCCUCAUUCGGCACCUGCAGCUCGACCCCUCGGACCACAGGAACUUCUAUUCCAAGCUAAAGUCUAAGGUGACAACCUGGAAAGCCAAGGCCCUUUGGAACAAACUAGACAAGCGAGGAACCCACAAAGAGUACAAGCGGGGGAAGUCCUGCAUGAACACUCGGUGUCUGGUGGUUGGAGGAGGACCCUGUGGCUUGCGUACUGCCAUUGAACUUGCCUAUCUGGGAGCCAAAGUGGUCGUGGUCGAGAAGAGAGAUACUUUCUCCAGGAACAAUGUGUUGCACCUGUGGCCAUUCACCAUUCAUGACCUGCGGGGCCUCGGUGCCAAAAAAUUCUAUGGGAAGUUCUGCGCGGGCUCCAUCGACCACAUCAGUAUUCGGCAGCUUCAGCUCAUCUUGUUUAAGGUGGCACUGCUGUUGGGAGUGGAAAUCCACGUGAAUGUAGAGUUUGUGAAGGUCCUCGAGCCUCCUGAAGAUCAGGAAAACCAAAAAAUAGGUUGGCGAGCAGAAAUUCUACCUGCAGAUCACCCACUAUCUGAUUUUGAGUUUGACGUCAUCAUCGGUGCCGAUGGCCGCAGGAACACUCUAGAAGGUUUCAGAAGGAAAGAAUUCCGUGGGAAGCUGGCUAUCGCAAUCACUGCCAACUUCAUAAACAGAAACACCACGGCUGAGGCCAAGGUAGAAGAAAUCAGUGGGGUGGCUUUCAUCUUCAAUCAGAAGUUCUUUCAGGAUCUUAAAGAAGAAACAGGGAUCGACCUGGAGAACAUUGUCUACUACAAAGACAGUACUCACUACUUUGUGAUGACAGCUAAGAAACAGAGUCUCCUGGACAAGGGGGUCAUUGUGAAUGAUUAUGUUGACACAGAGCUCCUGCUUGGCCCAGAGAAUGUGAACCAAGACUGCCUACUGUCUUAUGCGAGGGAAGCGGCCGACUUUGCCACCAAUUACCAGCUUCCUUCCCUGGAUUUUGCCAUGAAUCACUAUGGCCAGCCUGACGUGGCAAUGUUCGACUUUACCUGCAUGUAUGCCUCUGAGAAUGCGGCCCUGGUCCGGGAGAGACAGUCCCAUCAGCUCCUCGUAGCCUUGGUGGGAGACAGCUUAUUAGAGCCCUUUUGGCCCAUGGGUACAGGCUGUGCACGGGGUUUCCUGGCAGCCUUUGAUACAGCAUGGAUGGUGAAGAGUUGGGACCAGGGCAUCCCACCCCUCGAGAUCCUGGCUGAGCGGGAGAGUCUUUACCGCCUGUUGCCUCAGACGACUCCAGAAAACAUCAGUAAGAACUUUGAGCAGUAUACCCUUGACCCUGGCACUCGGUACCCAAAUCUCAACUCGAACUGUGUCCGGCCCCAUCAGGUAAAGCAUUUAUAUAUUACUACGGAGCUGCAUCAUUUGCCCCUUGAGAGACUGGGCUCCAUAAGAAGAUCAGUCAGUCUGUCCCGGCGGGAGUCCGACAUCCGACCCAACAAGCUUUUAACCUGGUGUCAGAAGCAGACCGAAGGGUACCAACAUGUCGACGUCACAGAUCUGACCACCUCCUGGAAAAGUGGUCUUGCCUUAUGUGCCCUAAUUCAUCGCUUCAGACCAGAACUCAUCAACUUUGACUCUUUGAAUGAAGAAGAUGCCAUCGGGAACAACCAGCUGGCAUUUGACAUUGCAGAGCGGGAGUUUGGAAUCCCCCCCAUGACCACUGGCAAAGAGAUGGCAUCUGCCCAGGAGCCUGAUAAGCUCAGCCUGGUCAUGUACCUCUCCAAAUUCUAUGAGCUGUUUCGAGGGACACCCCUCAGAGCUGUUGAUUCUUUGGGUAAAAACUAUGGAGAAAAUGGUGACCUUAGUUUAGCCAAAUCAUCUAUUUUUAAUAACUAUCUCAACCUAACGUUUCCCAGGAAGCGGACACCACGGGUGGAGAACCACACGGAAGAAAACGAUAUGAAUAAGCGAAGACGGAAAGGCAUAGACAAUUUGGAAGAGUCUUCAAGAUUUUCCAGCCGCAGCGUUGGUUCAUCUCGAGACUAUGGCAUCAGGAAGGAAGGCGUGAAUCAAAAUAAAGUUAAGUCCAUGGCCAACCAGCUGCUGGCCAAAUUUGAAGAGAACACUCGGAAUCCUUCUCUUGUGAGACAGGCGCAAGCUCUUUCCGACCUAGGUAAGCCAGUCCUACACUCUCCUGCUGGCCCUCCUGUUACCCCUCACUUUGCUAAGGCAGAGGACCCCACACCCAGCCCAUCACCUCUAAGGCAGUUUCAGACCCUAGCUAUGACUGAGCGGGUGCUCAGGGAGUCAAAGGCAGCUUCUUCAGCUAGCGACGGCCUGACCAGGCCUUUGAGAGCUCGAGCCAAGUCGGAUCUGCAGCCUCUCCACUCAGGAAGCUUGGCCCCUCUGCCAUCAGCCUCUCCCGGAGCGUUUGCUCUCAUUGGGACGCUGAGGCGCCUGCAGCACGUGGAGGAGAAGAUUCACCAGAAGAGGGCUCAAAACUUAGCCAACAGGGAGUUUCACAAAAAGAAUAUUAAAGAGAAAGCUGCUCACCUUGCCUCCAUGUUUGCAAGUGAGGACUUCCCCCAGAAUAAACUACUCACCAAAGGCCUUUCUCACUCCCGACCCUUCCCUUCCUCCUGUCUUCCAUCUCAUGACUCAACUGAUGCUUCCUUUUCCUCCUCUGCUGACUCUUCUUCCUCUGACAGAAAGUCCUUUGUCCCAGGAGCUACUGGAAAGACUAGCCCCACUACAAAGAAGGAAUUUAAGCAAAAGUUAUUUCAGCCAGACACAAACCAGAUGACUGUAGGGAAAGUGUCUCAAGGAAUAGGGGCAGUGGCCGAAGUUCUGGUCAAUCUAUAUAUGAAUGAUCACAGACCCAAGACCCAGGCUGCUUCUCCAGAGCGGGGGUCUUUGAGAAAAGAAUUCCCCCAGAACCUGGGAGGAAGUGACACCUGCUAUUUCUGUAAGAGGCGUGUGUACGUGAUGGAACGCCUGAGUGCUGAGGGCCACUUCUUUCACCGGGAAUGCUUCAGAUGUGAGGUCUGCUCUACCACACUUCGCCUGGCUGUCUAUGCCUUUGAUGCAGAUGAAGGUAAAUUUUACUGCAAAGCUCAUUUCAUUCACUGUAGAACCAAUAGUAAGCAAAGGAAGAGACGAGCAGAAUUGAAGAGACAAGAAGAGGAGGAAGCAAAGGAGAAACAGCAGGAAGCCAAGUGGCCGGACCCUUCCCCUGAAAUCCUUGGUCCUGCUGUCAGCAGCCGAGAAGCCGGCCCGCCAGCAGACGAGCCAACCUCCCCUAAAAAGCCAAAGAGCAUCCCUGGACCCUGUGAUAUGGACGGCCAGAGGGUUUUGUUCCCUGCAGAAUGGACCUCUGUGAAAAUUGGCCCCGAGGGAGAAGGGAACGAAGAUGGCAUCCUUGCUGUUUGUGUCAUGGUCACCAGUGAUGGCAGCAGCUCUGAGACGGAGUCAGAUUGCGGGGGGGAUACUUCCAAUAUGCAGUUUACUGAGGAGAAGGCAUCAAGGCUUGACCACCCACCAUCCCCAAAACCCCUUCAACGGCAAGUGUCCCUGACCAUUCCCCAGACGACGAUGAGGACAGGCAUUGGGUACCCUGAAGAGUCAAAGGCAGCCAAUGCUCUGCAGCGGGCCCAUAGCUUCCAGCAUCCAACUUCAAACAAAUACCAAAACUGGAGAAGAAAAUUCCAAUGCAAUUUGACCUCUCUGAAUAGUGAGAAAUCUGGGCUGUCUUCCGAGGACCCUUAUUCUUCCCCAGCCCCUGGUCCUGGGAAUCCAUGUGGUGAUGUUCCCCUGCCUCAGGUGACAUCGUACACCAAUUCCCCUGAAAUCGUGAGAGGACAUUUCCAGCCCCAGAAUCCAAUCAUUCAGGGAAGAGUCCGCAUGCGAGAGGUGUGUAAAGAAAUCCCCCUCUAUGUACCUCAUCAUUUCCAAAGGGAAGCAAAACAUGCCCUGGUAAUGCCCAAGGAAGACUCUUCUUCCACCCAUGGGCCAAGGGAUGCUGGCACGAAGAGUUCCAGUGGCCAUAGGAAAGCCAAAGCAAUUCCUUGGGAAACUAGGAGUACCCAGGAUGGUCCCAAUUGUGCUGGAUUAGAGACAAGAGGCAGGACAUCUCUAUCCUUAUUUCCUGAGGAGAGCCAAGGGAGUGCAAGCAUAGGAAGUAAGAGAGAAGACAACCCACUGAAAUCCACUGAGGGGAAAACACAGUGCUUAAAGAAGUUGGUCCUUACUCAAGAACAAAAGUCUCAGUUGCUGGAUUGGAAUGAUGCUGAUGCAGGGAAUCUAAGCCUGAGCACCAGAGAGAGACCAGAACCAAUGCAUGCAGGACGUGAUGAAAGAGACAAAAUGUCAAAGCUGGCUGACCUUCCAUCAUUUCCUGGGCCGGCCAGGGAGACCUUGGCAGACCAGAGAGAGGCUCCAGAGGUAGCCUGCGACCCAGCACAGAAGGCUACAGGGGAGUGGACAGUACGCAGACCCAAAUCCCCUCUACGACUGAUAGCAAAUGCCAUCAGGAGGUCCUUGGAGCCCCUCCUCUCUAAUCCAGAGGGUGGAAAGAAGACCAGUGACUCCAAACCAAAGGCUCCUAUGGACAACUUGUCCUUGAAUGAUCCCCACCCUAGUGUUCACUCCCGAAACUUAAGGAAAACAAGUUACAGUAAAGAUAGUGACGUGCAGAAGCCCAGCCUUGUCUCCUCACUGGUACCUGGGAAGGAGAGAGGAACCCCAGACUCAGCCUUUUCAUUACAUGGCAACACUGAGGCACCACCAGGGGCAUAUAGCCUUUUGGAUAGAGCCACCCGAGCUCGCAGUUUGCCCAGUCGGCAAAAAAGGCCUAUGAUCCUGCCCUCUGCCAAGGUGGAAGAUGUCUUUGACAAAGUGAAGCUGAAAGAGGCCCUACUAGGGAGACCACUGGACCAGUACAAUGCCCUGACAAAGAAGAGCAGUCUCUUUUCUUCCUUUAGACUCAAAGAAAAAAAUUAUGAGAAUCUAGAGUCAACAAGAACAAGGAAGGAUCUCAGCAAUGUCUUCAGUAACCCAGGGGCAGAGGACAUCUGCCUCCCUCCAAAGAUGCCAUCACAGAGAGGGAAUAAAUCUUCCUCAGACCAACUGGACAUUCCUUUCCCUGGAGAAAACUCAAGCUCCAAGCACCUACCUGUCAGAGCACAGAUGACUGAGUGUUCUUCCUCCUCCUCUUCCGAUUCCACCUCCUCCUCAGAUGAUGAAUUUGAACUUGAAUGUUCCUUACCACCAAAGGAAAGACGAACGCUUAAAAGAAUAAGGAAGAUGGAGAAGGUCUCCAAACAGUUGGCUAAGCAAGAGGAAUUCAAAAGGCUUUACAGGGCCCAGGCUAUCCAGCGUCAGUUAGAAGAGGUAGAAGAACGUCAAAGGGCCUCCGAGAUCCAAGGCGUUGAGCUGGAGAAAGCGCUGAGAGGAGAGUCAGAUUCAGGCGCACAGGAUGAGGCACGGCUCCUGCAUCAAUGGUUUAAGCUGGUCCUGGAGAAGAAUAAAUUAAUGCGAUAUGAAUCUGAGCUCUUGAUCAUGGCACAAGAAUUAGAAUUGGAAGACCACCAAAGCCGGCUGGAGCAGAAGCUAAGAGAAAAAAUGUCCAUGCAAGAGAGCGAAAAAGAUGAAAAAGUUCGGAAUGAGGAACAGGAGAUUUUCACCAACAUGAUGAAAGUGAUCGAGCAGAGGGACAAACUAGUGGAUUCCUUAGAGGAGCAGAGAGUGAAGGAAAAAGCCGAAGAUCAACACUUUGAAAAUUUUAUGUUAUCCCGAGCUUAUCAACUCAGCAGAUCAUGAAGAAGCCUGGGUGCAUGCAUCCUGGUCAUUUGUGGCAGCUCAAGGAUCUUGUGUGUCAGACAAAGAAUAAGUUGCCUGAUGAAACACAAUUGGGGAAAUUCUUAGUGCCAGAGCUGUAACGCCGGUGGGCAACUAGGGCUAUGCCCCAGACGGGUGAAAUUUAGGGGACACACUACUACACUGGUAGCUUUUCAGCAACAGAGGAACAACUGAAUUUAGCAUGCACAGCAGCUAUACCCUAAGGGGAGCUUUUACCUGGCACUGUCCUGUCCAGGGACUAGCAUCACAGUGUCCUUGGAUAAAUACUCCUCCCCAUUGCACGAAUGUCACGCUACUGGCUCUGGGAGUAAAAAUGGCUAAUUAUAACACAUUCUCUCUUUGUAGGUCACAAACAGACACAGAAAAAAUCCAAAGACAGAGGUUUUUUGAAAGAAAGGAAGGAAGGAAGGAAGGAAGGAAGGAAGGAAGGAAGGAAGGAA